AUGGCGCCGCGCAAGAACGACUCGACGAGCUGGAAGAGGGGCGCAAAGGAGUCGCUUUGGGUCAGUACCUACAAGCCUGUACUACAGAGAGCGAGCUCAUGUUGUGCCAACAUCCCCCUCUUUCACCUCACCGCAGACCAUCCGGAAGCUGGACGGUCAGUGACACGACGCACGACGCACGACGCACUUUAACUCGAGGCAACUCUCCCCUACUUGGUCCUGCAGAGCCAACUCACCCCCCACCUCCACCUCCACGUCCUCUCCCACAGCCGAGCCCAUCCUGCGCUACGACCUUCAAUACCAAGUCCUCGACGAGCUAUUCUCCGAUCGCACCUUCCGCUUCACCGCGCCCGUCGACUCCAAGAACCCUCCCUCUUCCCCGACCUACCUCAACUUUGACCAGCUCUACCUCAAGGCGCUGCUCGGUUCGGGCAAGACGACCCUCAACCUGAGGAAUAGGUUGAUUGAGAACCCGACCGUAAGUUGGGGCCGUGUUGAGAUAUUUCAUCUGCUCAUGCGUUCUUUCUUCGCUUUACCGUCACCCAGUUCUCGGCCAAUUUUUGCAAGGUAGAUCCCGAGCGAGGAGAACGUGGAGUCAGUGCAGAGCUCACACCUCCAGCGUUCGCUACCUCUACAGCUCUGCUUCCUCAUCAACAUCGGUCGCAUCAACACCACACUCGCCUGUCAGUAUUACUGCGGUGCCCUACACUUCAUCGUCACUGAUGAAAAGCUGACCCCCAAACCCCCCCUUCACAGUCUACCCCAGCAUGAAGACCGCGCUAAGGACCUACCACCCCGUACCCGCCCUCCAAACCGACGAAAUGUCGCGCAACCAAAUGCAAGACGCCCCCCGACUCAAAUCCCUCCUCAAAGCCUGUUUCCUCGAUUGGGAACUGACCCAACAACAACAACCCCAAACCCUGCAUGAGCUGGCCCUCAAAUCUGUCAGUCCCAAGAAUCUCACAGACGCGGUCGUUCCGUAUUGCUUCCUGAUACUCGAUGACGUGACACAGGCCGCUCUAGAACCUACCCAAGGCCCCCCUACGACGGUAGUGAACGCGCUCUUUGUCCUCUUCAACGAAGCGAUCUGGGUCGCCGAUCGUUACUUCCCCCCCGGGUUCGACCUGCUCGAUCUCUUCUAUCCCGCCGAUUCACCCUCCCUCCCCCGCGCUCAAUCCUUCCUCUCCAUCCUCCAUCAUAUCCUCGAGAACAAAAACUUCAUCCAGGAUUUUUCCCCAUCCCUCGAUAAAGACGCCCCCAUCAUCGAAUUGGCGCCUCCUUUACAAUUGAGCAAGGAAUCGUCGGAGGAGAAGGAGAACGUUGAUACGCAGGACGAGAUGGAUUUCAUUCAAGAGAUGCAACAGAUUAGGGAAGGCGUCGUCAAACUUGUGCCGGCUAUUCAGAAGAAGGAUGAAGAGAUGAGGUUGGCGAUUCAGAGACGAUUGGAGAAGGAGGCGGCGGCGGCGGAGAUGGAGGCGAAUAAUGUUAAUGCUGGAACGGGGGCGGGUGGAGGAGGGGGGGAAGGUGGAGUUGGAGGCGGAGGAACGGGGGGUGGGGCUGGUAUUAAGAAGAGGAAGAGGAAGGAAGGGGAUAUGAGCAGGAGCUGGGCGAGGUUCUCGAGGGAUAAUGCGUUGGCGGAGAAAGGGGUCAUCGAGGUGUUGCCGCUCGAAUGGGAAAAGGAAGAUUACUCAAUCGAGGUCCCCUCGAACGAGUCCGGGCUGCCUGGUGAGUUGGGCAGAACUCCAAUCACAGCGGUGUGCUGGGAUAACUGAUUGCGAGUGACGACUUUUCAGAUGCAUGGAACAAGGUGUGUCGCGACAUGCUCGAUAACCGGGAUCCGGACUACGACUCGGAAGAUGAAGAAACCUGGUCGUACGACCUCCUUCGUAAGUCAUUGGAGCCUAUCAAAACACACAUCCACGCACCCCUCUAAGCCUUCCGUCCCCGCGGCUAAAUUUCUCCUCCCUACUCUCACCACAGUCCGUCGUCGCUACCUCACCUUUCCCCACCCACUCACCGGUAUCCGAGCCCCCGUUCAAACCUUCCCCGAAUUCGAGGAGUGGAAACGCCGUGGAGAGGCCGGUCAGAACGGCUUUUUGGAAGGGGAUGAUAAUGAGGAUGAGGAAGUGGGUGGGGAAGGUGGGGACGAUGGGCUGGAGGGAGGUGGGGACGAGGAUGAAUGA